AUGAGGCCGAGGUCCGCGGCGGCGGCGGAGCGAUACUGCGCGACGACAAAGAGACGAGAUGUUGUUAGCAGGGAGAUCCCAUUACUGAGGGCGCAUGUUGUAAUAUGGUCGAAACAAAAGCGUAAGAAGCGAUAGGCCUGCCAUCCAAACAACAACAACAAAAAAAAUAAUCGACACAUUUAAACCUUAAAUCUAAUCUGGUUGUUAACUUUUAGUGGAUUUAUAGGCUACUCGCGUGGGAAAUGGAGAAGAAAAGGUGGGAUUGCACUGCUCUCCCCAAGGGCUGGAAAAUGGAAGAAGUGACCAGAAAGUCGGGUUUGUCAGCUGGAAAAAGCGAUGUCUAUUAUUUUAGCAGAGGAGAAGAGCAAGAUGAGGAGCAGAGGCAAGAGAGGGGGGAGGCGGGUCGGUUGUAUAGUCUGUGUCCAUCUGGGAAGAAGUUUCGGAGCAAGCCUCAGCUAGCCCGUUACCUUGGUAACCAGAUGGACCUCAGCUCCUUUGAUUUCCGCACGGGGAAGAUGCUGAUGAGCAAGCUGAACAAGAACCGACAGAGACUGCGCUACGAUAACAACAACCAGAACAAGGGCAAACCUGACUUGAACACAUCGCUCCCUGUCAGACAGACAGCCUCCAUUUUUAAGCAGCCCGUUACCAAGGUUACCAACCACCCGACCAACAGAGUGAAGACGGAUCCCCAGAAAGCCGUCGACCAGCCCAGACAGUUAUUUUGGGAGAAGAAACUCAGUGGUCUUAAUGCUUAUGACAUUGCAGAGGAGCUGGUGAAAACAAUGGAACUGCCUAAAGGCCUGCAAGGCGUUGGUCCAGGCUGCACAGACAAGACUCUCCUGUCGGCUAUCGCGAGCGCUCUGCACACCAGCGCUGCUCCCAUCACCGGCCAGCUGUCUGCGGCCGUGGAGAAGAACCCAGGAGUGUGGCUCAACACGGCGCAGCCUCUGUGCAAAGCCUUCAUAGUCACCGACGAGGACAUCAGGAAACAGGAGGAGCUGGUGUACAGUGUGAGGAAAAGGCUGGAGGAGGCACUGAUGGCUGAUAUGUUGGCCCACGUCGAGGAGGCUGCCAACGAAGGAGAGGCUCUGAAGGAGGAGGGCAACGGCAGUGAAGAUAUGGAGAGCGUAUAGCACAGGCUUUUGUAAAGUCCGGAUGAUUUUGUUCAACGCCUGCACACACGACCAUGAACAGUAGGAGCCCUACAGCAGUCCAGCCCUUAUGAACUCUCCCGUUGUAUGUGCGUCCAACUUUAAACUUUAACCUUACUUACAUCGGUCCCACUCAACCUAAAGAACUGUCUCCCCUCCGUGGGAACACUUGGGAGUCUCAAAUUCAUCCACCGGAUGGGACUCCUUGACUUCAACACCAAUUAAAUCGCUCAAUGUAUUUCUAAGCUCAGUUGAUUUUUGUUUUUUUGAGAUGACACAGACAUUUUAAAAUAUUUUAAAAAAAAGAAAAGAAAAAUGACAUCAAAUGAACUUGCAAAUAUUAAAAGUAACUUAUCUACAUUUGUCAAUUUCAGUGUUCGGUGAUGAGUGUAUUUUUUUUUUUACUUUGAAUAGGUAUGUAUUUUUUGUGACAAUCAUGUCAAAUCCAAACAUUUUGUGUCAGCAAAAGGUCGAGCUGGGUGCUUUUUGUGUGUGUGUGUGGGUUGGAAAUGAAUGUUUUGUAUUUUUGACAUGUCUCUUUCUUGAAUUUCAUGAUGCACUCCAUGAGCACUCUGACAUAAAAACACACACAAACCGUCUAUUUUUUAGUGGAACCAGAUCAUGUGAUUUAUCCAAACCAAGUUCAGCUCAUUUAAAUCUGCUCCGGUGCCAACCUGCCAGGCGGCUGUGUUACUAAUGCAGAUGGUGUAGUUUGAAUCCCCUUAAAGGGGGACAAGGUCGAGUUUUUCUUGCUGAAAUUUCAAGGAAAUAUUUUCUAUGUUGUCAGGUGUGUUAUCCUGUGAGUCAGUAUUGACCAAAGAGGAGACAUGUCAUUUGGGAGACGGUGUAGGUUUACUUGUGUGUGACUAAAGUCUGCUUUGUAUUUUACUGUAAGCGAUUUUAUUAGCUCUGCUGUCGUACAAGUAAAGAUGAGAAAAGUAAAAAGGUACACGUGAUGGGGCUGAGCACAAUGGGAAAGAAAUGACUUGAAACCUCUUUCUAUUGUACAGUUAUUACUGUUUUUAACUCAUCAUCAUCCAAAUAGGUGCUUACUGAUGUUAUGAAACAUUGCUGUUUAGUGCCAAGGCUUUGUUUCCUUCACAGCUUCAGUCCACUUUCUUUUUUUUUUUUAAUGUGUCAAUGUUACCACACACAUGCUGCCUCCUCGGAUACCCACGCACAAAAUCAGUGACACAGCAAAUUACAAUUUCAGAUUGAGUUUUAAUGUCUUUUCAUUUAUUAUCUGAUGAAUAAUGAUUUUUUUAUUGUUUGUCAAGGUUUGAUGGUAAAUAAUGAUUCCUGCCCAAAUCAUGAAAUUCCCCUCUCUAUAUCAGCAUUUUGAUUGCUGAAAUGAAUUUGAUUGUAUUACUUAUUAAAAUGAGUUGGUAUGUCAUGAA